UUUCAACCCAUCUCUACAUGUCUACUUUCUUCUCUAUAUAAAGGAAUCUAAGUUCAAGCCUUCAACCAUGUACAAAAACUUGAUUUUCCAAUCAAAACUACUCCGUGGAGUUUUUGAUAUUUUUCUUCUUCCUCUGAUCGGAUAUCCGGUCGAUACGGCAUUUAUUCUCCACCGUUUUUCUUGCAAAUUAAAGAGUGCUCAGCAAACUUAGAAUAACCUGAAUCAAACAAAAAAAUAAAAAUAAAAAAAUGUUGAACCUUAGUAUCUCCAAAUCGCAGACUCAUCAAAUCCUACUUCCAAAUUGCAAUCCCUUUUUCUUCGGUAGAAGAAAUGCUUCUUUUGCCGGCAAUCCGAAGUUUAAGUCAGUAAGAAAACAUGAAAAUGUUCGUGUUGGGCGAGGGAGUAGCACGAUAAAGGCGGUACAAACCUCGGCCAAGAAAUCAACCACCACCACCACCAGCGCUACAGUGGUCAUUACUGUGCAGCAAACGGUGGGUGGAGCCCUUACUCACUUAGGUUUGAGCCGAGGACUCGAUGAUAUAGGUGACGUUCUCGGCAGAACCCUCCUUGUAGAGCUUGUUGCUGCUGAGCUUGACCCUCACACUGGAUCUGAGAAGCCCAAAAUCAAAGCCUAUGCUCAUAAGAAGGACAAAGAUGGUGAUGAAACGCAUUAUGAGUCUAAUUUCAAUGUUCCCGAAGAUUUUGGGGAGGUUGGAGCAAUUACAAUAGAGAAUGAACACCACAAAGAAAUGUUCGUGGAAAGUGUUGUCAUUGAUGGGUUAUAUGGUGGUCCAAUCAAUGUCACUUGUAAUUCAUGGAUUCAUUCCAAGUUCGACAACAAAGAACCGAGGGUAUUUUUUGUUGACAAGUCAUAUUUGCCAUCAAACACACCAAGUGGGCUGAAGAUUUAUAGAGAAAAAGAGCUCCAAAUUCUUCGAGGUGAUGGCACCGGGGAACGCAAGACCUUCGAAAGGAUCUACGAUUAUGAUGUAUAUAACGAUCUUGGGGAUCCAGACAGUAGCGAGGAUUUAGCUCGGCCGGUGCUCGGCGGCCAGGAACAUCCAUAUCCUCGCCGGUGCAGAACUGGUCGAGCGAGAACCAAGACAGAUCCAUUAUCGGAGUCAAGGAACGGUAAUGUGUAUGUGCCAAGAGACGAGGCGUUUUCAGAAGUGAAACAAAUGCAAUUCUCGGCUAAAACAAUAUACUCAGUGCUUCAUUCAUUGGUACCAUCCAUAGAGACUUCUAUAAUUGACAGUGAUCUUGGAUUUCCCCACUUCACCGCUAUAGAGACUCUGUUCAAUGAAGGAGUUGAGCUACCAAAGCAAAAAUCUACAGGAUUUUUAGCAAAUAUUAUUCCCAGGCUUGUAAAGGCUAUUACAGAUGUUGAAAAGAAUGUCUUGCUUUUUGAGACCCCCCAAUUAUAUGAAAGAGACAGGUUUUCUUGGUUUAGGGAUGAAGAAUUCGCACGACAAACUCUAGCUGGUAUAAAUCCAUGCCGCAUUGAGUUAGUAACGAAAAAGUCCGGCAAUAUUUUGCACUCCAAUGAUCAAAUCAAUAGUCGGACAAGAGACAAUGGGUGCAAGAGACGGAAUAUUCCUAAUUUUAUAUGGGCAUCUAUGCUUGAUGCUUCUGUUUUCGUCAAGCAGAAAUUAAGGCAUACUCUGGAAAGAUUACUUCUUGAAAUGUGCAGGCUAAGAACUCAUUGUUGUACGGAGCCUUACGUAAUUGCAACAAAUCGACAACUAAGUGCGAUGCACCCGGUUUACAAACUAUUACAUCCUCAUUUGCGAUACACUAUGGAGAUCAAUGCUUUAGCUCGUGAGGCUCUUAUUAAUGCAAAUGGAGUCAUCGAGAAGGGAUUCACCCCCCGGAAAUACUCAUUGGAGGUCAGCUCUGCUGCCUACGACCAGCUAUGGCAGUUUGAUCUUCAAGCACUGCCAGCUGAUCUAAUUAGCAGGGGAAUGGCGGUGGAGGAUCCGGCAGCUCCACAUGGCUUGAAACUAGCAAUCGAAGAUUAUCCUUAUGCCAACGAUGGUUUACUUAUUUGGGAUGCCAUUAAGAAAUGGGUUACAGACUAUGUCACUUACUACUAUCCAGAAGCAAACCUUGUACAAUCUGACGUUGAACUCCAAGAAUGGUGGACUGAAAUUCGAACAAAAGGCCAUGCAGACAAGAAGGACGAGUCCUGGUGGCCGGUGUUAGAAACUCCGGGUGAUCUAAUAGGAAUCCUCACAACCAUUAUUUGGGUAGCUUCAGGACACCAUGCUGCUGUAAACUUUGGUCAAUACGAUUUUGCAGGAUAUUUUCCAAACCGGCCUACCAUUACUAGAACGAAUAUGCCUACAGAAGAUCCAAACGACACCGAAAAGGAGGAAUUUCUGAAGAAACCCGAGGAGUUUAUCCUGAAGUGUUUCCCUUCACAAGUUCAAGCAACCAUUAUUAUGGCCAUUUUAGACGUUUUAUCGUCCCAUUCGCCCGACGAGGAGUAUCUCGGGGAGAACAUCCAACCAUACUGGAAAGAUGAUAAGUAUAUAAAUGCCAUAUUCGAACAGUUCGCUGGGAAAGUGAAAGAGAUUGAAGGAAUUAUUGAUGCUAGGAAUACUAAUUGUGAUCUGAUGAAUAGAUCUGGAGCUGGAGUAGUUCCAUAUCAGCUUUUGAAGCCAUUUUCCGAAGCAGGUGUAACAGGAAAGGGUGUGCCUAACAGCGUUUCCAUUUGAUGUAAGAAUGCUAUAUAUUAGCAAACUUCAAAUGAUUGUCUCCUGUAUGAAUUUGGAAAAGGGAAAAUGAAUAAAAGUUACACUUGUUAAAGCUAUUCUUGGAUUUUAUGAAUAAAAUUUUAGAGGAAACUA